AUGCGAGAAUCUAAAGAAUGGCGUGGCACCACGUCGACGAGUCGGGUGUUCGUGCAAAAAGGAUAUCAACUGUCCGAUGAGCUGGCUCUCCGGAAAGUUCAAGUGCUCGAGAGGAGGUAUGGAGGAACGCAUUUGGCUCACAGAGCAGCAACGAUGAUCCAGAGGGCGUGGAGAGAAUAUUGCCUGCUCAAACAGUGGAUGGUCAUCCGACACAAACAUGACACGUGAGUUUCUUCAUUGAAUUGAUGAAUCUGGAAAGUACGAGACAAAAUUCCAAAGUUGUUGGUGAAGUUGAUAAAUUACUAAACUAGGAUCCUGAGAGUAGGGUAAUCUCAACACCUCUUUUUUGUCCUGUGAAGUGUUGUUUUCGAAAUUUCGGAAUGUACAGGGUAACAGAGACAGUAAACGUUAACUGAAAACGAAACCAGUCGGCAACAACCUCUUCCCAUUAAAUCUUCCAGUAUCACAAGACAAACCUCAUUUCCUGUUCGAUAGAAAACCUUCGGCCAACAUAUGUUUCCGGAAGAUUAUCUCAUCAGCAAACGCACUUUUUUGCGUGUGUUCAUGUUCCACCCGAACCCCUACUCAAACACAUUUCGAUGGAAUCUGUUUCGAAAGGGAAACGGGGCGCCCAUAACUUAAUACCUGCUUUGCUUUGUGUGUUAUCGUCUCUCAAUCGAAUGUUCUUCAAACAAUCGUCGUUUUUGCUUUCAGAAUACCAGACCUCGAUGCGAGAUGCGGAGUGUCAAACAGUCAGCGCAACGAGCUAUCACUAACCAGGUUAGUUCGAACUUCUGUUUGUUUUGUUUCGUCGCCUUCCCAGCGACCCGGCACCGUCGGACACUUGUGUGAUUCAGAGUGACUCAAAGUCUCAGAAAUGUCGGGUCUUUUGAGGAAACAGGAGGCAGGAGACCCUUAGAAGCGCCUUUUAUCGCCCAGUCUACGUCGUUUCUCAUAAAAAUGUAGCGGUCUCGCGCGAGAAUACGGUUCAUUUUUAUGACGAUUCUUUUGCGCAUCCCGUGCUUUUCCCAUCCUGAAUCGUCUUCAUUGUCUUUUCUUCCGAGGAGAGUUUCUUUUUCUCAAGAUAAAUUUCUGUAAACACUGUCAAACAGUACCCCAUUUCUGAUUUUUUUUUGCGUUUCUCACUCUCCCUCGCUCUUUCUCUUUUGUCAGCAAAAUUGAGGCACUUUAGUGUGCUCAUUUUCGGGUGAAUUUCUGGCAAUUUCGCUCGUUUUCUUUUUCAUACCUCAUGCCCCACCGCGGGUCGGUGAAACGAUCUCUUCCGGUCGAGACACUGGCCGCUUUGGGAUUCAAGCAGUCUUUUCUUUGGCACACAACUCGAAUUUAUACGAUUUGUACGAAACGUGUCAAAAUAGAGGGCGGCGGCAAGAAAGCAUUGGCCGCCCGGAGCAGAUAAUUUUGGUGGCGAAGCUGUCAAGAACCGAAAAUAAACAUUUUGCCGUCUCAGUGCAAUCUUCGCGCUUCUUGUUCGCCCCAUUUGCCCUUCUCGAACACUGUCUUUCCGAUUUUCAGCGCUGUUUAUGCUAGUAACAGAUUACGCGGUAACUAAAUUUGUUUGUCAGAAGAAAAAGUUAUUCAAAAUUGCAAGCGUGACUCUCUUGAAUAAAUUCCGUUCACCACUUUCAAAAUUUUGAAAUUCUAAUUUUCCUUAUUCAAGAAUUAGUCAAUGAUGCAAAUGCGCUCUAUUGUUAGUAACAAAAAAUCUGCAAAAAAAGUUGCACAGCAUUUUUGAAAAUAUCCGAGCAACAAUGAUCUUAGUUCUGAUAUUCUCCAUUCUGAUCAUAAUCGUGUUCUCUGUUAUAAAGUAAGUUAUUCUACAGAUUUAUUUUUCAAAAAUAAGGUUUCUUCUGAAUAAUCUCCAUUCACGAGCAUUCUCUAUUUCCGUCUCUAAUGUCGUCAUUUCUUUCAGCCGGUACGCCACAAGCCUCAGUGCCCAACUACGGAUAGACCGUGUCGCCCGCGCGAACACUGUCGAUCGGAGCCCUCCAUCACCUGCUCCGCCCGUUUUGGCCAAUUUACAAAACUCAAAUAUGAUUGGUGAGUCGUAUUCCAAAACGCGUUUCCCAGAGCUAAUUGCAAAAUCUGAAGUGACCGCAGUUUAAAAUAAAAGAGCCGUCUUGGCGGCCGUCUCAUGACUCUCUAAAUUAUUUUCUCACAAAUUUCUCACUCCGAAUUGGCUGGCGGCCAUCCGUUUCUCUGGCACCUCGUGCCGACCCGACAGCCUCGAAAAUGUUGCCGUCUCUUUUUCUCCCAGCAUAAAACCGAUCGCCUGCCUCAUUAUUUGUUUAUAAAUGAUACAAACGAGCGGGGCGCCAACACAAAAGCGAACGCGCCGACCCAAAUAGAUAAACAGAUAUGCUCCGCGCCGCCGACGCGGCUCAAACACCAACUCGUUCGCCCCCGGUUACUGCUCCGAGUUCCACUCACUUUCGCCCUUUUGUUGUCUGUCGAAAACCUGACUUUGAUGACAGUUUUCUCUGUUUUUCUAACUGGGUUCGAAAAUAUUGGUCUGAACUGAUUUCUGGUUCUCGCUUAUCCGCCGGGCGCAGUUUCAUUUGUCACAAGACAUUUCACUCGAGACUUCAAAGUUCAAUGACACCGCGGAGAGAAUAAUUGGCUUGUCAGGUGCGGUGCCAAUCAGAAACUGUCCUUCUCUUUCUUCCAAAACUAUAUGCAAUUUUAUUUCGAAAGAAUUCAGCGACGUAUGUUUAUUCUUGAAAUAUGGGCUUAGAAUAUUCGCUUCACAACUUUUAACGCUUUGGUUUACGAAUCUAGAACAAUCUUUCGGAUUUAAGCCUUUUUGUGUUCUCUGAGUUGAAAUCAUUCCAAUCAUCUGAUAAUAUAUAUCUCUCCGUUUCCACUUUUCUUCCGCCAGGUUCCUAAGAUAAGAUUUACACUCAUUGUUUAUUGUUGUCAUAAAACAAUCAAUUUGUCGCACCCCGCGCAGCGUACUCGUGCUCAAAAAGUCUUUUCAAAUAGUUGGUCUCCUGAAAACUGCAAAGAAACUUUCAAAUUCCUUCCGCAUGUCCGUCCUUGUUGUAAGCGCACGCCCGCCUAAUUAUUCAUUCAGCUGACUAUACUUUGAAGCGGCGCGUGAACGAACGACGCGUCGAUGCAAAUGCAGUAUGAAAUAGUGCCUGUUUGCAGAUAGUCUAAUGUCACCCCGUUUGGGAAACCGCCGAUUCGUCGCCACCGCCCGAUGCGCUCCCACAGCCGGCGAGCUCUCCGCCACCGAAGUGUGGCUUCCUCGGCCCUCUCUGGUCAACCACAACCCGGCACAUUCGAACUCUUUACCCCGACUCGACAAGCAGAGAGUCCAUGAUCGCAGCGAGUCGAAUAACGGAAGGAAGCAGUCAGAAGUGAAGCCGGUACGGACAAUGACGGACCAAGAGAGGAAACGACAAUAUCGCAUUGCCCUCAACUUCUUCAAUAAGUACGAAAUCAGCGUUUUUGGCGGUUUGCAAUGUUUUAAUAUUUCAGAAAACCAGAGCGGGGCGUGCAAUUGCUGACUGCGUGGGGAUUCGUCAAGAACGCUCCAGAUUCACUCGCCAGUCUUCUUUUUGGACGGCGAGGACUGAGCAAGGCCAUGAUCGGAGAGUACAUCGGCACUCUUCACUCGCAUCAUCACAGUCUCGUUUUAAAGUACGGAUCCAUCUUUUUAAAAAAACCUCUCAAAUGUUAAUAAAACAUCUCAAAUGUUAAAAUAAAAUAAAAAAUAAAACAUCUCAAAUGUUUUAUUUUCAGAUAUUUCACCGGGAUGAUUGAUAUCAGAGGGCUCGAAGUGGAUGUGGCUCUCCGCAAAGCAAUGCAGUUCUUUAUUCUUCCAAAAGAGGCCGAGAAGAUCGACAAAAUCAUCCAGGCCUUCGCUCUGCACUACGCCAAGUCGAAUCCCAAAAGGACGUCGAACUUCCGCGGUGGCUGGGAUACUGUACACCUCCUCUCUUUCGCAAUCAUAAUGCUCAACACAGACCUGCACUCGCCGAAUGUGAAACAACGGAUGACGCAGAACGAUUUCGUUCGCAAUUUGAGAGGACAGGACAAAGUGGCAGGCGAAAGAGACGGCGAAGACAUUGAUCGAAAGACGCUGGAAGGAAUAUACGAUCGUAUAAAAAAGGACGAACUGAGACCAGGAGACGACCAUGUGGCACAAGUCCAACGAGUGGACAGAGCAAUUGUGGGCAAGGACAAACCGGUGAGCUCGAUUCGUGUCAGUAUGAAAACAAAUAACAAUGAUUCCAGAGAUUAGCAGAGACUCCCCGUCGAUUGGUCUGCUACUGUCGUCUACAACAAGUGACUGAUCCCACUAAAAGACAGUCCUCGUCUGCGCGCGAACGGGACGUCUUCCUGUUCAAUGAUAUGAUCGUCGUCGCGAAAGGAGUGCGUCGUGGAUCCACGUCAAUGACCGGAUGCACGUACACUCUGAAGCAGUGGACUCUUCUUCUCGGAGCACACGUUACAGAGUUUCAGAGAGGACAAUACGAGUUUGGACUGACGAUUUCAUGUCCAAACAAGGAAAAGAUUCAUUUCAACGCACGCAACUUCGACGAUCGAUGCCAUUUUGUGGCAGACGUGACAGAGUCGAUAAGAGAAGCGACGGAGAUGGAGCAAGUCCGGUUAGAAAUGGAAAUGGAGCAGCACACGACAGCGACGAUCCGAUCGGACAAUCAGAGAGACAGCGGCCUUCCCGAUAUGGAUGAUUCUAUGAAACUUUCGGUAAGAAUUGCAUUCCUUUCCCUAACGAAUGUCUUCUUUUCAGAAUGGCAGCAACAGCAGCGCCGGUUCUUCGUCUUCGUCCUCUGGCGUCAACGGCCUCUCAUUCCGCCGUCUCUCCUUCAAUUCGCUCGACAGCGGCGUCGUCGAAGAGCAUCUGGAAGCGUGCUGA